GACAAUUCUCCGAAAGAUAUGUCAAUCUUUUAAAAUGUAUGGUCUAGCUAGACUAGAUGAAUAAAAUUUACUUUGUUUUUGUUAAAUGAAAAAGAGUAAUCGUAAUAGAUAUAUUUUAUCUGUAGCCAGUGUGUUUGUGGGCCAUGUUUGGGAACUUGUUUUCUGAGACUGGUUUAGCCGGUGCAACUGUCACUGUUGAGGCUACCGUGCCACCUCCCCCUGGUCACAGACUUGAGUGUAAAUUUGCAGGCAUUGAGAACCAGGGUGCAACAUGCUACUUGAACUCAUUGCUGCAAACACUAUUUCUUACACCUGAAUUCAGAGACAGACUGUUUGCUUUAUCAGAAACUGAUCUUGGUUGUCUUCAAGAUAAAGAUAAGCCAAAUGGAAAAGUUCGUGUCAUACCUUUGCAACUCCAGCGUUUGUUUUCUCGGCUGUUGCUCAGUGACCUACAGAGUGUCAGCACAGCUGAUCUGACCAACAGCUUUGGGUGGACUAACCAAGAGGAGUUCCAGCAACACGAUGUCCAAGAGCUGAACCGCAUUCUGUUUAGUGCCAUAGAGGAGUCACUGGUGGGAACACCUGGACAAAACAUUAUCAAUGAACUUUAUCAUGGGACUAUUGUCAAUCAGAUAAUCUGUUCGAAGUGUAAAAAGAUUAGUGAACGAGAGGAAGAUUACCUAGACUUGACACUGUCUGUGGCUGGGGUAUCUGGCCUAGAAGCUGCUCUAAAACAAUGCUACAGUGAUGUGGAGACAAUGGAUGGAAGGAACCAGUACUGGUGUGAGGCUUGCAAGGCUUACACAGAUGCUACCAAAGGUGCCAAACUGAGAAAUCUGCCAGCUGUGUUAACUCUGUCACUACUGAGAUUCAGCUUUGAUUUGGUCAACAUGACCCGUUACAAAGAAAAUGGAAGAUUUACCUUUCCUUUAGAGUUGGAUAUGUCACCUUACUAUGAAAAAGGCAUGGAGCCUAAAGAUGGGAUGUAUGAACUGUUUUCUGUUGUAGUACACAGGGGCAGUGCUUUUGGCGGCCAUUAUUUUGCUUACAUCAGGGACAUUGACAACAUUGGACACUGGACACAUCCAGACAACAGCGCUGAAAGAAAAGUUGACCCCAGCGCCACAGGUCUGGAUGUGAUUGAGUGCCAGUCCCCCGUGGAUCUGAUAGAAAAUAUUCUGGGCAAAGUUUCUCAUCACUCCAUGUCUAUAGACAAGCUCUGUGCUGAAAUUUCCAAAGUGACAGGAGUGCCGUGGAACAAACGCUUUAGGAAAGUCCAUGGCCCAAUCAACAAGUUCCUAAAAUCCUGCGACUCGUUUGAUUACAACCCUGACUCCAACUGGGUGAGUCUGAGAGGAUCCCAGCCUGCCUCAGGCAACACAAAUGUUUUAGCAGACGUAGACAGCAGUGGUGGCUCAACUCAGCCAGACGCCAGUACCAAGCCUAUUCCAAAAACAGAUGAGAGUUCCCAGCCCAAACAGACAGAGCCGCAAGAAAGGUGGUUUUGUUUCAAUGACUCCCGUGUGGGUCCUAUUUAUGCAAAAGACAUAGCGAAACAGUUUUCAGGAAAAGAGAGUGCCUACAUGCUGUUUUAUAGGAAAAAAAGUUUACAGAGACCAGUUGAAGCUCAUGGUUGUGCCUCCUAUAAAGUUCCAGCUCAUCUAAUGAAGGAGGUGGAGGAACUCAAUGAUUUGCUGGACAAACAGAGAAAAGAGUAUGAGAUUACAACGAACAGCAUUAAACUCCGGGUGUUCUCCUCACAGCAUUUCAACUAUGACACCUUGCUACUGCUCAAACCUGAAGUUUCCAUGGAAACAGCUUCUGUGGUCAUAGAGAUGGACAGAAGAAAAACUGUUGGGGAUUUAAAAACUGAGAUUCAGAAAGUCCUAGAUCAAGAAAGAAGUGACUUCAUUUUAUACCGUAUGAAGGCAAGGAUUGGUGGCUAUCAUCUGUAUGAUCAGUUUGUCAAUGAUGACAGUAUCCUACAAGACGUUGGCCUCAACACAGAUGCUUUACUGUUUAUAUGGGAUGGAACUUCAGCGGGGAGCAAGGUCCCAGGUGUGGGGGAGGCGUGUGAACCUCUACAGGUGCUAGUCAAGACGGAAGAUGACCAUGUGUUGUGUAGUCCCAUCCUGCCCAAAAAUCUGACAGUGUCUCACCUGUACCAGGCUGUAGCUGAGGCCACAGAUAUACAGCAGUUUCAGCUAGAGCUACUUGAAAAUGUUGAGUACCCAAAGAGAAUGGUCCUACAGUCUUCCCCAACAAGUAUUGUUGAUGCAGGAAUUAAAGAUGGUGACAUCAUCGUUCUCUCAGGAGCAGUUAGCAAUAACAGUAUUCACAAAUGUGAGGUCCAUACCAACACGACCCAACCUACCAUAGGUCCAGAGAACAAUGAACCUUUGUGGUCUAUAACUUUACAUGCUAGAUUGCUGGAGGAUUCAAAACCAUUACUAUUUCAAGCAAGGCCAUCUGAGAUGGUGCGAGAUCUGAAAAGGAGAGUUCUAGAAGUUGUACAGCUAGACAACACAUUGUUUGACACUGUCAGGCUGAGGGAAGAACAUAGGACAAUGGGGCUCCAACCUCCUUUAUUAUCUAACCCAUUUUCAGUACGUGAAGGUUUGAGCUUAGCAGAUGCUGGAUUAUCUAGUGGUGCCGUUUUAGUGCUAGAGAGGGGAAGAUGUCUUCAAGAUGCUGAAAUGAUGAUCAGUGUCAUCAAGGUAGAGACAGGCAAACUGUUGUCAAAGAGAGAAUUUAUUGUAGACAGACAGAUGACAGGGGCGGAGAUGUUACAGGUGGCCUGUCAGCUCAUGGACUGUCAAGGCAACCAGUGGUACCUGAGUAAAACAGACAUGUAUGGAGACGCAGCGGAGCCUCUUGACGACCUGUCCUGUACACUCAUGGACCUGCUCAUCAAUGAUGGGGACAUCAUCAUCUUACAGAAAGGUUUUUUUGUCAAGAAGGACCAGGUGUGCUUGUCUCUGUGGCUGGCACCUGUACCCCCAGCACAAACCCAGAUCUCACCUGAGAUAAAUGGCGGAGGGGAUAUUCUACAUCAUCAGGAGGCGGAGGAUAAAGUCAUGUUGGAACUGGCUGCGAAGCUGUCCCUCAAUGACCACCUCCCAUCAAAAGAUCUGAACCCACUGAGUGAAACUCUCUACCCACCCCUCGAGCCGCUCUUAGAUUCUCUGGUUAUAUCAAAGUCUAUGGGGGUGGGAGACUUCAAGGAAGCUCUGCUAGGUGAAGACAAGUUCCAGACUUUAAGAAUUCCUACCUGCAACUUUAUGAGACUCAGGCACUUAGAAAAUUCCAGGCUCAAGGCUGUCUUAAGGAAUAAUUCACAGAUCUUCAAGCAUACAACCUCCCAACAGACGUUGGCUGUUGCUGUUCAAAUCCUCAACUCAGAGGAGAACCUUGGUGUCCAUGAAAUCCUGCUGAUGGUGUCCCAGAAGAUUGGAGGCACCAGGAUCUACAUGCCAGCCAGGGAGUUCCUGUGGAACACCUCAGGUGGGCUGGGGGCUGGGGACCUCAAGAAGGCCAUCGCCACACGCCUGUCCCUGCCCUUGCAUGAUGUCUUGAUAGCCAAGUACAACGCUGAGAGCUGGUCCUGGACUGUGCUCAAAGAUCAGGUUCAGAAAUCUAACAAAAACAAGGGCAAGAAAAAAUCUGGUGGUCACAAGAGCAACAUUCGUCAGGCUCCAUACUAUGUUCAAGAUGGCGACCUUAUAGGGGUCAAGCUCCUGUCAGCAGACAAAGGUCUGCUUGAACCUGAGGACUUUUCCACACAAGAGGAUGUAGAGAAACAACAACAGCUGAUGGCACUGAUAGAGGAGAAGAAAAAAUUAAGAGAAGAAAGAAAGAAGGAUCAGGCGUUGGAUAGAUUUCCUGCACCUCGACGUCAUGAAGCAGCGCUCACCAUCAAAGUUGACAAGUUCUCUUAAUGUUAACAUUGGGUUAGAGGCUAAAUGUCACCUGGUGUCAUGGACGGUUUCAUGAAUAGCCACUAGCAAUGUCAUGGUUAACCAGCUGGUUAUAUCAUGGGUCACUGUCUGUUUUUGUUGUGGGUAACUGUUUUUAUUGUGGGUAACUGUUUUUAUUGUGGGUAACCGCCUGGGUAUGUUGUGGGUAAGUCUAUAUAUGUCAUGGGUAACUGGUUAUGCCGUGGAUAACUGGUUAUGUUGUGGAUAACUGUCUGGUUAUGUCAUGGGUAACUGGUUAUGUCAUGGAUAACUGGUUAUGUUGUGGGUAAAUGUCUGGUUAUGAUAUUGUUACUCACUUGGUUUGUACCAAACAAUUAUCUUCCAACUACUUUCAACCAGCAGCUGUACCAAUCUGCUCAAAGAUGGUAAAUUUUUUUAUUUCUUUAAGAAAAAUGUGAUGAAUGUUUGCCAUAAAUAGAUGCCACGUUGUUCGUGAUUAUAAUUAAAAAUAUGACUGAAAUAUAUGACUGAUAUAUCCGAAUAAAAAAUAUGACUAAAAAUCAAGAUAAUAUAUGAUUCAAGAAAAAUUUGAAUAAUUCAUUUUAUUGCUACUAGUGUUGAUUCAUAAUUUUUUUUACUGUUUUAAAUCAAUAAAAUGUUAAG